AUGCCUAUUACCAUAAUCCCUAAAAUGAUAGUUUUCUUGCUUGUUUUCCUCUUCCACUCCACCAUCCACCUCCCGUCGCCGGUGUCCGCCUCCGACCCUGACCCACUUCAAGACUACUGUUUACCCUCACCGCCGCCUCACACCCAUCUCCCAUGCAAAAACUCCUCAUCUCUCACCGUCGACGACUUCGUAUUUUCCGGCAUUAAACAUCCCGGAAAAUUCACCAACAAAUUCUCCGGCGUACCCGUCUCUUCCACCGUCUUCCCAGCCCUCAACACGCUCGGAAUGUCGCUUGUUAGAGCCGAUUUUGAGGUCGGCGGGAUCAACGUCCCUCACUAUCAUCCUCGAGCUACGGAGGUGGCGUAUGUGAUUGAAGGGAAGGUUUAUUCUGGAUUCGUCGAUACAGGGAACAAAGUCUUUGCUAAAGUGAUUGAGAAGGGGGAGGUGAUGGUUUUCCCUCGAGGAGUGUUGCAUUUUCAGAUGAAUGUAGGGAAAUCGCCGGCCACCGUUAUUGGGAGCUUCGACAGCCAGAACCCAGGGUCGAUCAAACUUCCGGCGGCCUUGUUUGGAUCGGACAUCGAUACGGGAUUGUUGGAGAAGGCGUUCGGAUUGAAACGUAAAGAUCUUGGAAAGUUGAAGAAGAGAUUUGGAGUUCCCAAGGAAGAAUAGGUUUGAGCUUUGAGAAAUAUCAUUCUUUACAUUUUUUCUUCAUAAAUUAAAUAAAUAUAUAGAAUGAAGAA